UGUAGGACAAGGGCAGAAACUUUGUAAGACCUGGACGGGUGUCGAUCUCUGAAGAUGCCGAUAGAGUGCACCAUCUGCCUGCAGGAGAGACCCGAGCAUUUAUUUCACCUCACUGCAUAUUAUUUCAGGAAGCAACCACUUCAGUGUCUGUAAAAGCUCCGGUGGAUCUGAAGACUUACUAGGGGCCUCGUCACAGAUGCUAUGGUGUGAACACUGUGGUACUUCUGAAGCGGGUUCAGGAUGAUGUGUUCCCUGCAAUCAUUUUGGAGGGUCAAUUUGUUAUUCUGUCUGGGACUAUUUCUGCACUGUGGAGAAGCCAGAGUGCACACUGAAGUACAGGCUGGGCCUCUGUAUCGUGUGGUGGGUUCUUUGCUCUCCAUCACCUGCAAUGUGAGUGGCUUUGCCAGUGCUAGCACUAGAAAAGAAUUUGAAUUCUGUAUUAACAAGCCUUCAAAUCCCACUUUUGAAAUUAACAUCAUCAGCACCAGUGACCAAAGCUUCAGCUUUGCUAUGUAUAGCAGCCGUGUGAGAACUGGGGAAAUUACUCUGAAACAUGUUUCUUCAAACUCAGUCGUCUUUGAGAUACAAAGCCUAGAAAAACAUGAUGAAGGGGAAUAUGAAUGUUCUGUAAUCAACACAGAACAGAUUUAUAAUGGAAUCUAUAGUGCUAAAACAACAGUGAAAGUGAUUGACAACUCCCUAAGCGUUUCAUCACCUUCGUCCACCUCACUGAGCUAUAAUGAGGACGAUGCUCUCACUUUAACAUGCCAAGCCUCCACUAACACCAUCCAGCACACCCAUCUGUCUCUUGCCUGGUAUCUCCAUAAAGAUGGCGAGGACAAUGCUCAUCUUAUAAUUUCUCUGGACAGAGAUUUCACACUGAACCCAGGCCAGGGGUUUGAGGGGCGAUACCAAGCUGGACUCAUAAGUUUAGAUAAAAUGGGAGAGACCACAUACAGGCUUAAGAUGGCUCAGUUACAGCUUUCAGACCAAGGCAGGAUCUACUGUCAGGCUCAGGAGUGGAUCCAAGAUCCUGACCGCUCCUGGUAUGUUAUCACACAGAAGGAUGCAGAGGAAACUACCCUGAAUGUCAACGCCAGAGAGGUGGUGCCAGACAUGUCUUCUCUGGUGGUGAGAGUCUCGGCACAGCCGACAACUCUGCAGGAGGGGCAAGAGCUAACGCUAUCCUGCAGCGUAGGCACACACAACCUGGAGGAAAGGUUCUUCUCUGUAGCCUGGCUCAGGGGAAGUGAUGAGCUGGCCCGCAUUGGCCCUACAGGCAUUCUGUCUGUAGGACCCAAGUAUAGCGUGCGAGCGAAAGAAGGCGAGCUUAGGGCAGCCCGGACGGGAGACAGAGAUUACAGUCUCAUAUUGCAGCCUGUUAGAACUGAUGACCAAGGAGAGUAUAUCUGUAGGGCAUGGCCUCAGGACAGAGGCCAGGAUGGGGCCUUUACACAGGGAGCAGCCAAGGACUCCAUCAGCAAGUUGGUCAACAUCUCAGCCACAGAAAGUGGGCUCUCAGUUGAAAUGCAAAACACUCCGAGUGUGAACGAAGGUGACAGGUUGAAGCUCACCUGUAAAGUGCUUGGGGUCAAAGGUCAGCUCUCCGUCACCUGGCAACAUAGAUCAGCAUCCACCACAACACCCAUGUUCACCACUCUCAUCAGUCUAAGUCAGGAGGGUGUUACGGCGAAAGCGAAGGAGUUCAUGAGUCGCAAAGUAAAGGCAAUGCGUCCAUCAACUGACACCUUUACCCUAGAGCUUGAUGAGGUCACACCUUCUGAUUCAGGUGUCUACCAGUGUACUGUGUCUGAGUGGAAUACUAAUAGCAAGACCAACAGCCAGUCACAGACUACAACUGUGACAGUGGCUCCUGUGGAUUCAUUUGUGAAAGUGAACCUGAUAAGUCGCAAAACCAGAGUGCCUGUAGGAGAAAAUGUGGAGUUGAUGUGCCGGGUCAGAGGGCCACGCAUACCAUUAACACUGACUUGGAGCCUGCAGCGUGAUGUCUCAACCCUAGAUAACAUUCUGACACUGUACUCUGAUGGUGCCAUCAGCUGGUCUGGAGACCAGCACCGCUACCAGCUGAAAGUAGAGAACAAAAAGAAUGAAGUCAUUCACUACCUUCUUAUCAACGGUGCAAGCCACAGGGAGGCAGGGAGGUACCAGUGUAGCGUGUCUGUCUUUCUGGAGAAUGUACACAAGAAGCUACCUGCAUCCAACCAGCUGGCUGUGAGUGUGCAGAACCCAGAGACAAAGCUCACUCUCAGCCCCACUCAGGCCUUGACAAGAAAUAUCAACACUGACAUAGAAAUAAAAUGCUCAGUUAUCUCCGAAACCUCUGCGUCCUCUCGCUAUGCUGUCACCUGGCUGCUGCAACUACAGGCUGAAAAUAAGACCAUUGUAAGCUCAGACCAGGAUGCCAUAGUAACAUUUGGACCCCAGGUAGAAUCGAGCCUCAGCCAGCGGAUCAGCAUGAAACGCACUAAGGGCCCUUGUUUUGAGUUGAAUAUUCGGCAAGCUCAAAUCUCAGACACUGGCUCAUACAUAUGUGAGGUGGUGGAGUGGCUACAGGAUCCUCAUGGUGAUUGGUAUGAGCUCUCACCAGUGUCCAAAACUACACAUCUAACCCUUAUUCAGCCUGCCAGUGACCUUCGUUUAGAUAAGAAGGACCAGCUGCUGUUUGCCUGGGAGGGAGACGAGGUGGAGCUCAAGUGUAACAUGACCUCAGGUGCACCCAGUCCACUUUUUUCCUACAAAUUAGCUUGGCUCUACACUGGACCCAAUUCUUCCGCCACCAAUACCCUGGUGGAGCUUCAUCCGACAGGCCUGACGAUUUACCCAGAGAACCAGGGGCUCAGAGACCUGCAGGGGCGGCUUCGUCUCUCCAGACCCACUCAGAGCAGCUUCUACCUAGGAAUUCAUAGGGCACAUGAGGAGGAUAGUGGGACCUACCAGUGCAAGGUGGAGCAAUACCAGCUAGAUCAUGACAGCCGCUGGCAGCAAAAGGCCUCAGACAGUGCUGGCCCCAUCACUGUGACUGUUCAUGUUCCAGGAAAAAACCUGUCCAUUGUAAAGAAAGAAGAGGAGCUGAAUGUGAGCAGUUCCCAGAAUUUCACUGUCCCCUGUCAUAUUGCCAAACAAUCCAGCAUUAAAUCUGUGUUCCAGGUCACGUGGUUUUGGCAGAAAUGGGGAGAAACUGAACCUAGCCCCAUAUUCUCAGUUUACCGAAACUGUACCCUACAAUACAGUGUGGAGAAGGGUGGUUGUCUAAGAUAUGACCACCCUUUGCCCAACCAGUUCAGCCUAACAGUUUUGAAGCCAGGUCCUGAAGAUAGUGGCGUGUAUUUCUGUGCAGUAGAAGAGUGGCUCCCAUCUCUGUCCCGUGGGUGGUGGAAGAUUGCAGAGGAAAAGUCCGGAAAUUGGACUGUCAAUGUCUAUGCAGAAGGACAUGCUAAAGCAGUCUUUGAGCCAGAAUGCAUGUCAGGUACCUGGAUAAGGAUUCUCGUAGCUGUUGUCAUCGGCACACUGUUGGUCAUAUUGCUACUGGUGCUGAAGAUAUGCCGGAGUAAAGGAAAGAAGACCGAACAAUCUCUGUGGGCAGAGCAGCCUCUGAACACCAAAGCCAGUGCAGAGGAAUGAAACUCAAAGAGGAAAAAUGCAAUUUUUAAAAAAAAUAAGUUUUUAUAACUAUAUAAAGUUGUAUUGUAUGUUUUUGUUUUUUUUAAUUCAAAGUUCAAUUAUUUGUUUAACUGAAUUAUGAUGAUCUGUUUA